GUCUUGAUGGUGAUGGCGUAAAAAGCUUAAGAAGGGACUGCUAGUCUUUCAGCUUGUGGUCUGUCGAUUUUAUAGACGACUACUCUGCUCAGAGUACUUCUAAGUUGACCAUAGUGUGGGUCGUGGUGGUGUAGUGGCAUGUAGCUAGUGGCCGCGCCGUACCGACGUCAACCGUCGUACGUACGUCGCCGUCGUAUUAUUAUUGUUGUUGUUAUUGUUGAUGUGACAAAUAAUAAUAAUAAUAAUCACUAUCAUCGAUAUUAUUUUACAUUAUCGUAAUCAUCAGCACCAUCAUCAUCAUCAUCAUCAUCAUUAUCAUUACUGUCAUUCUCAAUAAUAUUUACAGUUUCAAAUUACAAUUGUAAAAAAAAGUAAUAUUUAAAGAGAUAAAAAAGUGUAAUUUGAACUAAAUAUCGGUGAAGAAGUCUUUGAUAUAUGAAGAGAUAAAAUUUUGUAAGGCUUGGUGUGGAUAAAAUACGUCGGCUCGCGUCGCUCCAAGUGAGCUUGCGCACGUUCUUUAUCAGGGUGACAUAGGAGCAGCCGCCUGAAUAGUCAACGACGUGCGCCCUCCCUCGGUUACGAAUUGGAGCCGAUGCCAGCAGAUCGUAACCAUCCAGUGGCCUGCUCCGUUUGACGGAUGCGCGAAUCGUAAAAAGAAAAAAAAGAAAAAAAAAAAUAAAGAAACUCUUAGACCCCAGUAGUGAUGGUCAGCUGUGUUGUAGUGGGCACAUCAAGGCAAGCCUCCGGAAAUGCGCUUUAGGCACGUCGAACUCGUUAAACGGGAGUGCCCUUGGCAGCAGCGAAAUGUUCGCGUACGGUUUCGAAAUAACAUAGAAGAAAUGUAAUGUGGUAGCGCGUUGCGCCUUGCGUAGCUUCACGGUGAAAAUCUGGCGUGAACGGCGCCGCGGUGGAACGGGGAACAUGGCGUCGGCCUCGGCCAAUACUCCAGCUAGCCACGGGCACAGCUUUAGACAGAAAACGUUCCACAAACCUACGUUCUGCCAUAGCUGCACCGAUCGGCUCUGGGGCAUCAUUGGACAGGGGAACUACAUCUGCGAAGUUUGCAACUUCGUGGUGCACGAACGCUGUCUUACGGCCGUCGUGUCUCCCUGCUCCAGCAUCGCGGCAAACCUCAUUAAGAAUCCGGUUGCACACUGCUGGUCCGAACCGGUACAUCAUAAAAAGAAAUUUUGCAAUGUUUGUCGAAAACGUCUUGAGGACACGUCUCCGUCCGUACACUGUGAAAUUUGCGAGUACUUUGUGCACACGGACUGUCAAGACUUUGCUUUGGCGGAUUGCAAAGAAAAUGCAACGUACCUGCCGGGAAAGGACCUGUCGUCAGUUACUCAAGCACAUCACUGGCGUGAAGGAAACCUACCGACCAAUUCAAAAUGUGCUGUAUGCAAAAAAGGUUGCUGUUCCACUGAGUGCCUGUCGGGAUUUCGAUGCGAGUGGUGUGGCAUGACGUUACACUCGUAUUGCCGCAAAAGUCCGGCCGUGAGACAAGAAUGCACCUUUGGAAGUUUAGAACCGAUUUAUCUACCUCCAUACGCAAUUAGCAUCCCGCGAAGUGAUGUGCCGAUGGAGGCAAUCAUCGGUGUACAUUCUCGACGGAGAGAAAUCUCUACGCAUAACACCGGAGAGCAAUUUGAUUUUGCUGAGAGCGAACGAAUUGGGGCGACAGGUCAUCUGGCCGAAGCUUUCAGGCGCCUUUCACUAGUUUUUCCACGUAGCUGCCAUGGAAAUUGUCAUGCUUCCCCUCCUUAUGUUCGAGCGCGAAGUAUUUCCGAGGAAUUUAGUAGCGGAGACACUAAAAAUCGUGACAGCGAUGAUGCAAUGCAACCCACAAGCGGUCACAAUAAAGAUCCUAAAUCUCCAAAGGAUAAGGACGAUAAAGAACGAGGUGAUGAAGAAAUGAUUAAAGUUUACGAUGGCAAUUUGUCCUUCAAGCGAAAAAUAUUCCGGGUAAUCUCAGUACCUCGGCAAGCAACUACAGCGGAAGUUCUGGCGGCGGCUCUUAAAGCGUAUCACAUUACGGAAGUACAUCCGAAUCUUUUUUAUCUAACUGAUUUGUACGCUCCCGAAGAAACGCGGUUGUGGGAUCCAACGCCAGUGCUUAAUUUACAUCGUAAAGAAGGAAAACGUCGAGGUGUUUUUCUGCGACACAAAGACCAGUUCAAUGGUGAAGUUCGUGUCUAUCCUGGUAAACUCAAUACAUCGCAAUCUUAUUGUGAAGUACCAAUAAAUGAGGAUACGACAGUUGCUGAUCUUAUGCGCGAAGCACUCGUUCGAUUCGGUGAAGAAAAUGCUAAUAUUGAAGAUUAUCGAUGUAGUGAAGUUCUCAUGGAUCGCGAUGUUACGGAGAGAGUGUUGGACACUGCCGAAAAGCCAUUGGAGAUAUUAAAACAAUUAGGAAAAGAUUCUAUUAGACAACGUGAACUAAUGAGAUUUUAUCUACAAUUAAAACAAGAUCCGCACGGUUCUAAUGUUGCACUGUACGUUGCCAAUUUACCAGCAAGUUUAAAUGAGAAAGUUUAUGAAAAUAUUCUCAUUGAUUUUUUAGGAAUAGAAAACAAAUUUACGUCGAUUGGUCCAAUUUAUUAUGAACACGGAUGUAUGGUGAUUAUAUACGAAGAUCUAGAGAAGGCUGUACGUGCACUAUAUAUUCUACGUGAAUCGAAAUAUGAAGACAAAAAUUUGUUAGUUAUGCUUUUACCAAGUAUUGAACCAACAAUGAUACCAGCGGGUGUCCAACCACUCCUGGUAUUUGUCAACGUCAAAUCGGGUGGAUGCCAAGGCCACGAAUUAGUCACUAGUUUCCGGAAACUCUUGAAUCCAUACCAAGUAUUUGACUUGGACAAUGGCGGUCCUCUUCCCGGAAUGUACAUGUUUCGGCAUAUAAGGAAUUACAAGAUACUUGUUUGCGGUGGCGAUGGCACGAUAGGAUGGGUGUUACAGUGUUUAGACAAUGUAGGACAAGAUAGUGAGUGCUCGUCACCAGCUUGUGCAAUUGUCCCCUUAGGAACAGGUAACGAUCUCGCACGAGUGUUGUGUUGGGGACCGGGUUAUACUGGUGGUGAAGAUCCAAUUAAUCUUCUACGAGAUGUUAUCGAUGCUGAAGAGAUUAUGCUUGACAGAUGGACUGUUGUAUUUCAUCCUCAAGAUCAAGAUGAUGCUACGGGAGCUGGAUCGACGAGUGAAGACAACGCACAAAUGUUUGUUAUGAAUAAUUACUUUGGUCUUGGUAUUGACGCUGACCUGUGUCUGGGUUUUCACAAUGCGCGCGAAGAAAAUCCAGAUAAAUUCAACAGUCGAUUGCACAAUAAAGGAGUCUAUGUUAAAAUGGGAGUGAAGAAAAUGUUGGAUCGAACGUGCCGUGAUAUGCAAAGGAAAAUUAGGUUGGAAGUUGAUAAUAAAGUGAUCGAUUUACCACCACUUGAAGGAAUGAUUAUUUUAAACAUCCAAAGCUGGGGUUCUGGAGCAAAGCCAUGGGGCGAUGGCCCAGACGAGCAAUUCCGUAAACCGAAUCAUUACGACGGUUUAUUAGAGGUCGUAGGAGUUACAGGCGUUGCACACUUGGGACAAAUCCAAUCUGGUUUCCGCUCAGCUAUGAGAAUAGCACAAGGUGGGCAUAUAAAAAUACAUUUGAGUUCGGAUGUGCCAGUUCAAGUUGACGGCGAACCGUGGACCCAGACUCCAAGUGUUGUAGUUAUUCUUAAGUCUGCCCUCAAGGCCGCGAUGCUGAAGAAGACCAAGGGUAAAGUCAAGCGACGGGAUACUGAUGCAAAUAUGCCAUCAACAGGACCACUACCAACAACAUCCAAUGAUCCAACGGAUCCAGAGGUAUUCUGAACUAUAUGUCAACCUCAAUGUCUACUAUGGUGCUUCUGAUUGUAGAUCAUCACACGGUGUUAAUUUUAUUUUAAUUAUUAUUUUAUUUAUACAAUAAUAAUAUACUGAAGUGAUAAAUUUAAUACGUUUAUUAAACAUUAAUCAAUGAUAUGUUACCGUUACCGAUUUAUGACGUUGAGUGAUUAUUUAUUAUAAACUGAUAUACAUAUAUUUACAGUACUAAUAUAUGUACAGAUUUUAAAUAUAAGUAGUAUAUAUACUUUAUUACAACGUAUAUUGCUGGUUACUAUGUGAGAGAAAAGUGAAAUCCCUUCUUCCCUUGAGGCAAAAAAUAAUAAUCGCCACAAUUUAAAGACAACAUAUAUUUAUUUAUAACUUAAAUGUGACUAUAAUUAAAUACCGACGUGUUAGAUAAGAAUUUUAAAAUAAAAUUAAAACAAUAAAUUAUUAUCCGGGCACAAGAAAUUUAUAAUUAUUAUUAUCAAUGACAAGUGCCCGGUAUUUAAAUUUAUUUUUACGCAUAAAAAUAGUUUAAUUAAAAUGUUUAUCAACAAAAUAUCAUUUUUAAAUGUUCACAAUCAUAGCACACUGUAGUUUUAUCGAUAAAUAUUUUUUUAGUACACACACUUGGAUAGAUUUUAAAAUUAUUAAAACUGCACAAAAAAAUAUACAACUUAUCUGUUAUUUAUUAUUAUUAUUAUUAUUAUUAUUAUUGUUUUUUUUAUCAGAUUUAAUUUUUUUAAUUAGAUCGUUAGUUGAAAUGUGAUGACGACAAAUACCAAAAUGAAUAAAAAUAAUAAUCUGUAUUGUAUAUUAUGUUUCAUAUAUAUGAUCAAAUUGUAUACUAAAUUAUAUAAAUCAAUAACAAUUAUUUAAAAAAUUAAUAUUAAUGGCAUUGAUAACACGUCGUACCAAUGGCCAUUAACAAAAAAUUAAUAAUUAAUGUGACUUGUUAUUGAUUAAUUAUUAAAUUAAAAAAAAAAUAUUUAAAAUUUAAACUGUAUUAGUAAUUAAAAAGUUUUGUUUUUGUGAUUGUUAAAUCUGACUGCCGGGCAGUCUGGAAUAAAUAUUUAAAUAUAUCAACCAGUCGCAGUCAGUUUUAUCUAGGACACAGUUAUUUAUUAAAUUAAUUAAUUAAUAAAACUUAUGUAGAAAAGAAAAAAAAAUAAAUUAAAUUUAAAAAAUUAAUAAUUCGAGACCGCGGGCACGGCAUCUUUACCAAUUCGUCUUUCAAUUUAAUUAAAGUUUAAUUAAAAUAAAUAUCAAGUUACAAUAAGACGAGUUGGUAAUGUCCGAUAAAUAUAUGUACAAAUAAACGGACUUGGCUCAUACAAAUUUUUUUUUUAAUAAUAAUAAUAUAAUGAUCAAAUUGUAUAAUUAUGUAAGCUAAUAGUAAAAGAAAUUUGUAUGAGCCCUGAUAGGAAAAUAUUAAAAUAAAAUGUCACUUAAAUGUACAAUUUAAUUUAAAAAAUAAAGUAUGCCAAAGAAUAAAUUUAAAAACGUGUUCACUUGAGUUGUUCUGACACGUCGCGAUCAUUAUGAACGAUUAAAAAAAUAAAACCAAAAAAUUACAAACAAAAAUUUUUGUGAAAAAAAUAAUAAAAUAAAGUCUAAUACAAUUUGAAAUUAAAACUACCAUUUAAAUUAUAUAUUAACCCCGCGUGUGUACACUAGAUCUUUGAAGGAACAGUCAAUUUUUAAAAAAAUUUUGUUCUUUCGAUUAAUCUUAAAUUUUGACUGGCAACUUCUGAGUCAUGUAUUAGAAACUUUAAGAAGUAAUCCAGAAUUUUUUAAGAUUUUUUGAAAGCUUAGAAACUGAAAACUUGGCUGUUUUCUAAAAGACCCAGUGCACAUACCGUGUCUCGAAAAAUAACAUGUACACACGCAGGGUUAAUAUAAAAAAAAAUAACAUGCGGAACCAUCCCAGGGUGAUUCUGCAGCACAAACACUGUGAGUCAACCAUGGAACGAGUAUCAUCGAGACAAUUUAACGCGUCUAUAAUAAUACCAAUAAUAAUUAUUAUAAAAUAUUGAACUUAUAUAAAAUUUAAUUAUUUAAAAUAAAUAUAUCACCGCGUAGUAGGUUCUAGCGAGGGAGAGUUUUCUUCGAUUUAUCGAAUGUAUGUUAUAGAUUGGCGUCAUUCGAUUGGUAGAGACAAUUCAGGUGCCAAAAAGAUGUAUAUAAUAAUAUAUAUAUAUAUAUGAAGAAAAAAAAAUUUAGCCCGUAAGAUGUGGUUGAGAAUUUUAAAAAAAUAAGGAAGUUAAUAAGAAAAUUAAUAUCAUUGUGACGUGUGUAUUUAUUUGUGUAUACGAUACGCUGAUGAAUUUUA